AUGCCGGGCAAGACUACCUCCACUCCCCGUAUUACCAAGUUCACCAACUGCCGCUUGGUGCGCGGUUCGAGUCUGGUGGAACAAGAUCUCUGGAUUGACUCCCUGACCGGAAAGAUCCUCAAGGAUCAAGAGGCCUUCUAUGAGUUGCACCUGUCUCCAGAUGAGAUCAUUGAUCUCGGUGGCCGCAUCGUGGCCCCGGGCAUGAUUGACGUCCAACUCAACGGUGCCCACGGCUUCGAUUUCUCUGUUCCAUGUGAUACAAAGGAGGAAUAUGAUGAGGGUCUACGCAUGGUGAACCGCGGCCUCGCCCGUACCGGUGUCACCUCCUACCUGCCAACAGUCGUUAGCUCCACCCCCGAGGUAUACUGGAAGGUCCUCCCCUCCCUCGGACCAACCGCAGGCAAACACCAGCCACAAGAUGGCGCCGAAUCCCUAGGUGCCCACGCCGAAGGCCCAUUCAUCAGCCCCGGCCGCAACGGCGUCCACAAGACUGAAGUGCUCCGCGCAGCGCAAACCUUCCAAGACCUCCUCCAUUGCUACGGCGCAGAUAACAUGACCAGCGCAAACCCAAUCAAGAUGAUAACCGCAGCCCCGGAAGUCGGCGACAUGAUGUCCCAAAUCCCAGAGAUCGCCAAGCGCGACAUCGUCUACGCCAUCGGCCACUCAGACGCAACCUACGAGCAGGCCGUGCAAGCUACCCACCAGGGAGCGCGCAUGAUUACCCACCUCUUCAAUGCUAUGCGUCCCUUCUACCACCGUAACCCUGGUAUCUUCGGUUUGCUCGGCCAGAGUGAGCGCCGUCGGCCGUUCUAUGGUGUUAUUGCCGAUGGUAUCCAUUUGCAUCCUACUUCUAUUAAGAUUGCGUACAAUGCGCACCCUGAGGGGUUGAUUCUUGUUACGGAUGCUAUGCGGCUUUGUGGAUUGCCGGAUGGGACAUAUGAGUGGACGAACGGGGAACGGAUUGUGAAGACUGGUGCACGGUUGACGCUUGAGGGCUCGGAUAAGAUUGCUGGUUCUUCGGCGACGCUUAUCGAGUGUGUUAAUAACUUCCGUCGCUGGUCUGGUUCGUCCACUGCUGCUGCUAUCAAUGCGGUUACUGCUACUCCUGCGCGUCUGCUUGGCUUGCAGGGUGUGAAGGGAUCGCUGGAUAGUGGUGCUGAUGCUGAUCUGGUUGUGCUGGGUGAGAAUGAUGAUCCGUUCUCUGGUCCUACCUUGACUGUUGAUCAGGUGUGGAAGCUCGGUACUAAGAUUCAUGAUACUGACAAGGAGGUUUGA